AAAAUUAAAUGCAAUCAUUCAGAGCAUGCAAUUUUAAUUUUUUUAAAUUUACAACCCAAUUUCUCCAUCUAUCUGAAUACAUAUAUAAUUCAGGUCUUCCUGGGUUAGGGAAGGGUAAAGUAUAUAGGCAAAAAGGCCAUGGAAGGAUUAUUGGCGAUAUUUUAUACGGAUUGGACUCCGUUUUUAAUGCACUAUUAAGAAAAAAGCGAAAAGUUUAUAAGGCUUAUAUAAAAAACGAGAUAUCUAAUUCAAAGAAUAUAAAAAUAAAAAAUAUACUUAUUCUAUUACAAAAUACACUUAUAGAGUAUGUGCCUAGACAAAGAUUAAAUGAAUUGUCAUGCAAUAGACCACAUCAAGGUAUUGUCUUAGAUGUUAGUCCUGUCAAAUUUGUUUCAUUACAAAUUUCAGAUCUAUUUUUACCGAAUAAAGCUGAAAUAUGGCUUUACUUAUACAAUAUUAAAGAUCCUAUGAAUUUAGGAGCAAUACUUAGAUCAAGCUUUUAUUUUGGUAUAGGUAAGGUCAUUGUAUCAGAAAAUUCAUGCCCAUUAACAAAUGUAGUAAGUAAAGCAAGUGCAGGAGCUUUGGAAGUGAUGGAUAUUUAUCAAGUUCACGAUUCUUAUAAAUUUCUAAAGAUGCUAAAAGAAUUAGGAUGGCAAAUCAUAACAACACAAGCAUUUAAAAAAAACAAUCAUAAAUCUACAUUGGUUACAAAUAAUCUAACAUGUUUACAAAAAAAACCAUCAUUAAUUAUAUUUGGCAACGAAAGUGAGGGAAUUCCUGAUCUAAUUACUAAUUAUUCCGACGUUCCCCUAACCAUAUCUCCAGAUAAAUAUUCAUGUAACGAUCUACAGCUUGUAGAGAGCCUUAAUGUUUCAGUCUCACUUGGAAUAAUCUUGCAUCAAAUCGUCAAUCAUUAUAAUAAUACCAUUCGCCAAACAUGAUUAAAUUUUAUAUAUUUCAUAUUGUAUAAUUUUUAAAAAUAAUGCCAGAACCAUAAAAAUGAUUACUAUUGAGUAUAUUAAAAAAUAUUUGAUCUUGGGUAAUCAUUAGGUUGUUGUCUUCAGCAUAUGAUCCAG